AUGAUUUUUCUUUGGCAUUUGGCAUACUACUGGCCAGUCUUCCUCUUUGUCAAUGGUCAAACUUUUGUCAACAAAAAUCAGGAAGAUCAAGGCAAUAACAUAAAGCAAGAUGAAGCGUAUAACAGCCAGAAUUAUGGGGUAAGCCGAAACAAUAAGCUUUUGAUGGCAGAGUUUGGAAAGUCAGGUGUAAACAAGUCUAAACCAAUUAUUAUUAAUACCACUCUCAUUGAUACCUUUAUAUCUGAUCACGAUAAUAAAGUUCCCAAUAUUUUGAAAACAAAAGUAAGAGACAAGUUGAGGAUCGGUAGGAGCAAGAAACGUUUGUCUAAGCAAAGUAACAAGAAGUUUAAAUAUGAUUCACGGAAAAUCCAAACAAGGAAAGAUAGAACCAGCAUACGUAGCAUUUCCAAGCCACAACCUAUUCUAGAAACUAAAGUUCAAUCAAAAUCGAAUUCUUCAUGGUUACUUCAAACGUCAAACAUUACGUCCUCAAAAGAUACUUUCCAAAAUAAAAUACCUAUUGCAUACCAAAGUACCACUGCUCACAAAAACAAUACAGACGUCGAAGCGAGCGCCAAGUAUUCAAUAAAUACAGUUUACCAAAUGAAAUCUGAUCCUACUGAUACUUAUCUGUCAUCAAAUUUUCAGCAGGAAUCAGUCAGUGUAAUACCUCAGCUAAAUUCGAAUAUAAUGCAAAAGAAUGAACACAUUCCUUACUAUAUUGUUAAUCACUACUACAAAAGAUCAAAAAGAACAGAAGAAAGUCGUGUUGAACCAUAUGGUAAUGCACAACAGCAGCAAGAAGAAAGAAAGAAUGAGAAAGAAAGCGCCACUCCGGGUGUACAAAAUGCUCCUGUAUAUUCACAAUCUGUAGUUUCUGAGAAGAUACGAGAAACAAUAAGUCAUACUAGCGAAUCGCAGUACAUCGUAAAUGUUUCUGAACAUGAAGUGGCAAAUGCUAGCAGUAACAAAUUUGAAGAAUCUGAUAGUAAUAGUAGCUCUAAAUUGGAGAAAACGAACAAAAAAACAGGUGCUUAUAACGGUGCAGUCAGAGUCACAGCAGUUAUCAAACAACUUCCUAAGGCGAGUCGUUGUCCACCUCUCGAUGCACUAAAACAUUCAAUACCACACGAUGAUACUGACAAAAGCUGUACACAAAAUAGGCCAGAUAUGACCAGAGAUCCGGACUGCUUGUGCUUAUAUCCCGUGGCCGAACGUGACGCUAAAGGAUGCGCAUCUAAGUUUUACGUGUUAUGCUACCGUGGCACACCUCAGAAAGAGAUUGGUAGCCAUGAAGAUAUGGGAGAACCCACUGACAAAGCACUCUCAGCUCCAGAUGCAACUAACACGUCAUUUAGUGGACAUAUAAAAACUACAGAUCAGCAUUUAUCAAAUACAACAGAAGUGGGAUAUUUUGGUAAGUUACGAAAGCGACGGGCCUCGCAUGACACAACGAAAAUAUCGCUUAACAAAAGAAAUCAGUCGCAAUCAAGUACAGACCAUGUGGUCGUACGCGAGACUUCGCCGAGUAAUGUGACUACAAAUUAG